CUGGUGGAUAAGUUUCGUUAGGGAGUCGUCAGGUCACAGCAACUUGCGCAGACCUUCUAAGCGUAUUGCUAUUCAUCGGUCUGAGAUGGUCUGAAAUGAAACAUGGCGACUCCGGGAUUUUGUGUUGUCUUGAAUCGGCUAUUUAAUUUGAGAACCGUUACUGCACGUUUAAAUAAUGUAUGGAAUGUGUCAUCAAAUACAGCCUCUUGCUCGGCCAGCAUUCCACGAUUGUAUAGUACUGAAACUGAGGGCAGUCAAAAUGAAUCAAAUGAAGCAAAGAAUCUUGUACAGCAAGAUGGAAAAAAGCUCAGUAAAGCGAUGAGAGCUUACUUGGAACGAGCGCAGGCACAUGAUGAGUUUAUACAAAAGGAGAAUUAUGAAUAUCAAAUCGGUAAACGCCAUUUGGCAAACAUAAUGGGCGAAAAUCCAGACUUGUUCAGUCAAAAGGAUAUCGAUGCUGCAAUUGAAUAUUUAUUUCCAUCUGGACUUUAUAUGAAACAAGCAAGACCAAUCAUGCAACCUCCAGAAGUUAUUUUUCCUCGACGAAAAGCGGCUGAAUUUGAUGAGAGUGGUCGACCAUUUCACUCAAUGUUUUAUACUUGCAAGCCUAACUACUAUGAGAGUCUCUAUGAAUUAGUAGGGCAUCUUAAUAAUCUCAACGCUUAUGAAGAUGAAAUGAUAGGGAAAGGAUUACCGCCAGUGAAGGAAGACAAAAUAAACUUGGAAAAUUCAGAAUGGUUGAGCAAGUCCAAUUUGGAGCUAUUACUGCUGGAGAAUAUAAACGAUAAUCAAUACGACUACUUUAUAAGUUCAGUCACAAGACUUGUGGAACAUCCAUAUUCUCAACGAGCCAAGGAAUUUAUCAUGAAGUUCAGGAAAAUACUGUCAUCCGAAACUGAUCUUACUACAAUUCCUCCGUUAGAAGCUGAUGAAAAUGGAAGGCCAUUUGCUAUUGUCAAAAAGUCUAAGCGGAAAACCGCUCUUGCGUCUGUGAAAGUGUGGGGCAAUGGUUCAGGAAAGAUCACAAUUAAUGAUCAAAGUCUCGAUUACUUCUUCAAUGUUCAAGAACGAGAACAGAUUUUAUUUCCAUUGACGUUUACGGAGAUGCAUGACAAAGUCGAUGUUGAAGCAACCGUUAAAGGUGGUGGACGAACUGGACAGUCCGGAGCAAUACGAUGGGGUAUUUCAUGGGCUCUCCGAAGCUUUGUUAAUAUCGAAAUGAUAGAGAAAAUGAAAGUUGCUGGACUCCUCCAAAGAGACUACAGACGACGAGAAAGAAAGAAGCCAGGUCAAGAAGGUGCCAGAAGAAAGUUCACGUGGAAAAAGCGUUAAAAAAAUUGUUAACAGAUGUUCACCCUUUAUUUCAUACAAAUUCUAUCAUCGUAUGAUUUAUAUGUAGAUAAUUAUAAACCUACUGAGGUAAAAAGAUCUGGUGUGACGUAAACAUUUGAAAUGAUCUACAUUUUAUCUAAGGGCUGUAUUCCAAGUAAUUUCAUUCCUUGGGCUAAUACAUUUUUACAAGCAUGGAAAAGAA